UAUGAAUAUCCAAGGUUCAAUUGUUGUAAUCCAAAAUAAUCAAUCGUUUACGAUUUUUUGCCGAGCUUCCGGGUAUCCAACGCCAAGCGUUCGUCUUUUAAAGAAUGGAAAUCCCGAACCUUCAAGUAAAAUUCUAAAAGGUGGUGGAAAAUUUAAAAUUACACCUAAGGAACCAUUUGCCGUUUAUCAAUGCGAAGCAUCCCAAGCUCAACAAGGUUCCGCCGUAUCUAAUAGUUAUUAUGUUCAUACUUAUGUUGCCCGUAAUCAGUUCCAGAGUAAACAGGUUGAUAUUCCAUUUAGAACGGCCAAGGUAUUAGAUUGUUCAACUAGGGGAAAGUUUGGAGAUUUUCCCCCAACUUUAAUACCUGAAUGGAGGAAAACCGGUAGUAGAACUGCCAUGGAAAAAAAUGAUAGUAUUCACGUAUUUGAAGAUAAAUUGUAUAUUUUGGAAGCAUUCGAAAAUCUUUCAGUGGGGUGCCUACUACCAACUCCACCUUGCUGUUUUGGCGGUAUUUUCGAAACAUCUUGGGAUACCUAUGUUGAUCAAGACGAAAUGAAUGAUAAAAUAAUCCCAAAAUUAGAAAGGUUAUACCCUAAAGAGUCCGUUAAUAAACUGAAAGCAGUGGAAGGAGAACCAUUCACUUUAACAUGCAUAUUUGGAGGUGAUACAUCAGCUCUAGAAUUACGAUGGUCGACACCAGGAGACGUCAAAUAUUCACGCCUAGUUAAAAGAGGUAAAUUUAACAGAACGUUAAAAAUUUCUCGGUUUGGCAGUGAUUUUAUUGGAACUUAUACAUGUUCGGCGAGAAUGAAUCGACACUAUAGCGAAGUGAAAUAUCGCGUAGCGAUGGUUAGUAAACCUACCUGGAUCGACAGUGGACCUAAAAGUCAGACCGUUUACGACGAGGAUGAACACGUAAAAUUUGAAUGUAAAGCAAAUGGUACACCUAAACCAAAAGUUACCUGGUUAAUUAACGGUAAACCAGUCGACAAACGAAGAGUGAUACUAAAGGAUGAUGAUACACAAAUGAUUCUUAAGAAAGUCACUAAACCUAAUAGAACCAUGAUACAAUGCAAUGCUUCUAACGAAUAUGGACACGUAUUUAAAAACGUACAUUUAAGGGUAUUAAGACUAACACCAACUGCUGUUGAGUCUGAAAAAAACCACUCAGAAAUCCUUGUCGGACAAAAUAGCCUCUUUUCGUGCGCUGCUUAUGGUUUUCCUAAGCCCGUUGUUAGAUGGUAUAAAUACAAGUUAGACGAGCCUAUUGAUCCUUAUUCUUUGGACGUUGAUAAGGAGAUUUUCAACAGUUUACAUUACGAAACGAAUGUCUAUGGAACGGAAAUAGGGAAUGUUCCCGCAUUUAAUUCAACAUUAUUAAUUAAAGAUGCAAAAAAAGAUCACUAUGCAGCUUACUUGUGCGAAUUUUCUAACAAACACGGGUCUAAUGUUAAUGUACGAAAGCUGACUGUUUUUUCAAGAACUCAUAUUGUUAAUGAUAAAGUUGACCUAAAAUUUAUGGAGAACGAAACCAUGAAGCAGAUUGUUUGUCAAAUAUCAAUUGAUAGGGCAUUAGAAGACAAGAUAAGAAUCAAAUGGAGUAGAUUAGAAGAUGGUAGAAGCAGUUUCGAACCAAUGGAAUAUGAUAAUAAUAUUUUUCUAAGUAAAACCAAGUUUGAUAGAGAUACGCUUGUGUUUUCUGAAGUUAACAUAAACCACACAGCAAAAUACAGGUGUGAAGUAUUUUCAGCAAUGGAUCAGGCUACCGCAUCUUGGGAGUUGGGGGUUAUUGGAAGACCCUCUCCCAUAAGAGGCCUUAAAAUGAGUGGAUGCUCGAGUGGACGAAGAAUUAAUCUAAUGCUGGAGGCUGGUCGGAGUAAUGGUGCAGAUCUGAUUGGCUACAAGGUAACCGAAAUAAUAUCGCUCGAGGACGAUCCAUGGGAAAUUUUAGACGAAAGGGAAACUUUUCAUAAAGGGAACUAUGGAGAGUUGAAGACAAUAAGUAAAUUAUAUCCGGGUGUUCAUAUAAAGAUAAAAGUUGUUGCUGUUAACAUAUAUGGGGAAUCAAAGCCCUAUGAAAUUGUUGGUUGUACUGUAAAAUAUACUGCCCCGUCUGCCAACCCAACAAAUUUGUGUAGUAUAAAUGGCGAACCUGGAACUUUAGUUUUAAAAUGGAAAGGAAUUGACUACAGGGCAGUUGGAGGGAAAAAUUUCGAGUAUAUCCUUAGGAUAAAGAAAUCUCACAGCGUUGUAGCAUCUGCUGUCGAAUAUGGAAAAGAAUCUUAUACAUUCAAACCAGCGGAAAUAUUUCAAACCUAUCUCGUAGAAGUAGUCUCUAAAAACGAAUUCGGUCUAUCGGAUGAAAAUUCUCAAGUUAUGGAGGUGUUUAGCAGUGAGGGUAAACCUCCUCCUACUUCUCGAAUAACUAAUGUGAAGGUAAUAAACCCUGACGACAUAGAUCAAUUUGGUGUUCGUAUUAAGACACUCGGAACAAGUGCUGAAGAGAUUCACAGUGAAUUUAAGGGCUUCCUAAUUGAAUACGUUGUAAGAGUGAUUUAUAAUGACGAUUCGGGGCAAAUAGAGGAUUUUGUUUACAAGAUGGAAGAGCCUAUCUUUUGUCGACCCUCAGAUUUCACAUUCCGACGAACAAGAGAUGUAUCCUCUCAAAAAUAUCCGUCCUUUAUCGAAAUCCCACUAAAUGAUCUAAAACCGUUCACUCGCAGUUCAAUUAUUGUUUUUGCGAAGAAUAGUAGAGGUCAAGUCAAUCCUGAAAGUGAACCUUUGAAAUUAAUCACUCCUAUGAGUGCUCCUUCACAAAUACCUUACGAUUCUAUUUUAUGCAAAACAGCUCCUUUCUAUGUUCAAUGCUCUUUUGGGAGACCAUUGAAAUUAAACGGUAUUGCUUCUAGUACCGAAGUUUGUUUAAGAAAAAAAAGGGAUACUAAUUGUUUAUGUUCGCUGUCUAUUGAACCUGACGUGAAUGAAUUCGUGUGCUCCAAUCGCAUUGAAGAGGAAACCGAUUACGAAUUAACCUUAAUACCAACUACCAGGCCGCAGAAUCCGAUCGAAGGUCCGAAAACGGAUUACAACUUACGCACUUCUAGUAGUAACAUCCCCUUAAGAAAACCAAUAGUUGAAGUGGAAGAGGUCAAUAGCUCUACUGCUAAAGUUGUGUGGAUAUUUCAAAAGGAAGAUAAGGGUGUUCAGCCUCUACAUUUUAAGGCAGAAUUCAACAUUUACGAUUCUAAAGUGAACGUAACACGUUGGAAUGAAACUAAUAUAGUCUUUCGAAAAAAUACAAUAUAUAUAAACAAUUUGGAAGAAGGAAUUGAUUAUAUUGUCCGAGUAAAAGGUUACAUCGGCCGACUUAAUGGAGAAAGCUUUACUCCUCUCAACAGCAUCGAAUCGGAAACAGUAAUUUUUCUUUUAGGAGUAAGAAUUUUAAAACCAACAACAGUUGGCAUGACUUCCGGUCAGAAAGAUUUUCAAACAACGCCUGUACUAGAUUCAUUUUCCCUUGAUCCAAACGACGAUGCUGUAACUGGAGCAAGAGGAACAGCUUUAAUUAUCGGUAUUAUAUGUGCCAUUUUAGCUUUGGUUAUUGUUGUUGCCGUUGUGGGCUUGAGAUAUUAUAAUAAGGAACACAAAUACCAUGUAGAAGAAAAAGAGAAAGAAAAUGGUAUAUGCCCACCGAAAAAUGCAAGCGAUACAGAAUCAUUCUUAACUAGAACAUCGCCUCCAUCAUUUUAUCAAAGAGGAGAUUCAUUAGGCCCAGCUCCAACACAUAUUUCUGACUCAGAUUCUGAGUAUGAAGAAGCUGACUCAUCAAAAUAUUUCGAAGAUGGUUCAUUCAUAGGUUUAUAUAUUGGAAAAGAGGAAAAACCAGAAAACGGAAUUAUUCAACAUACAAGAAAUGGAAAACCCGGAGCUUUAACGACUUUUGUUUAA